AGCCCAACCGUCCUAUGAGGUUAGGCUUUUGACAGUGGAGCACGUGGAUUCUACGUGAAAGGCCUGAAAAAUGACAAACUCCAAGGGUUAUCGCCGAGGUACCCGUGAUUUGUUUUCACGUGGUUACAGGAAACAUGGUGUCAUCCCACUUUCGACGUACAUGAAAGUAUACAAAGUUGGAGAUAUUGUAUCGAUUAAGGGAAAUGGUGCUGUUCAAAAGGGUAUGCCCCACAAAAGUUAUCAUGGGAAAACAGGACGAGUUUACAAUGUAACUCCUAGAGCUUUGGGUGUGAUCGUCAACAAAAGGGUCCGUGGAAAAAUUCUACCUAAGAGGAUUAACAUCCGUAUUGAACAUGUCAACCACUCCAAGUGCCGUGAAGAUUUCUUGAAGCGUGUACGAGAAAAUGAGAGGCUCAGGAAAGAGGCCAAAGAAAAGGGCAUUCAUGUUGAAUUGAGAAGACAGCCUGCCCAGCCACGACCUGCUCAUUUGAUAACUGUCAAAGAGCCUCCAAUAAUGCUCGCUCCUAUACCUUAUGAAUUUAUUGCUUAAAAAUAAAUACGUUUUUUAUUG